GCUGCUUGUAGUUCUAAUACUAACUUCCAGUUACACUGCAAACCUGAGCUCAAUGCUAACAGUUCAUCAGCUUCAGUCCUCGCCAAAGGGUGAAUCUAUUGGUUUCACUGUCGACAGUAAACUUAUUCAGACAGAUCUGAUCAAUCCACCAUUCAAAAACCCCUAUUUUCCCCCUUUGGAUACGGUUGAAGAUUGUGCGAAUGCUCUGAGAGAUGGAAGCCGGAAUGGUGGUGUCUCAGCAAUUAUUGAUGAAAUUCCUUAUGUAAAGGUCUUCCUUUCCAAGUACUCUGCUCAAUACACCAUGGUUGAGCCCUCAUACAACAGCACCAAUGGAUUUGGCUUUGUUUUUCCUAAGGGGUCGCCUUUAGUCCCUGACAUUUCUGCAUCAAUAGCAAAAUUGAGAGAAGAUGGAAAACUUCACUUGAUAAGCCAAAAUUGGUUUCAAAAUCGUUCCUUAUUCACAAAUCAAGAUUCUGCAACAAAAGUUGCUCGACUUGACUUAUACAGUUUUCGCGGUCUCUUUCUUAUCACAGGCAUCACUUCGACUGUUGCUGUGAUAGCAUCCUAUAAAUUUAGGAAGAAACAAUCAACAACUGCACAACAUGAGGUUGCCGAUCAACCUGUUGAAGAGACUUUCCCACCGGUUGGUGAUAUCCCAUCAAGAAGAACCAGUUUCAAACACAUCAGAAGAUAUUCCUAUUGAAUCAGAAUAAAGUGUGAGGUCCUAAGAUGAUGUAGAUACCGACCAAGAUCAUGGCGCUUAUAUGUGGCAACAUAGCAGGAACUUUGAAGCUUCUUAGGAGUUUCUAUCUAUAGGGUUGAAGAGUAAACCUCUUGUUAGAAAUUUGAAGAUGUUUAAAAUAAGAAUAUGUUACUCUUGUACCUUCUGCUCUAUUUGUAACUACUACUGCAAAAUUAGCCACGA